GAACUAAUUAUCAAGCUUUAAAUUCUAAAAUUAGAAUACUUUAGAUUUUAAUUGCGUCGCUGAUCAUCAACAGUGUGAACAUUUGAAGAAAUUCACGAACUGUCUCUCAAAGCAAACGAUUCCGCAUUUCCGUCUCAUUUAAUGGUCACUAAUCGGCUUUAACCUCGUUGAUGAGGCUUCAUGGAGCUGUCACAAACUUGAGCCUGCGGUCUCUCUCCCUCUCCCGCGCUGUGAUUGGCUGCCUCCUGAUGCCUGUUGCAUAAAAACAGGCUGGAGAUCCAGAGAGAGCAUCACACUGCCUGCACCGGGACAAAAAAAGAAAAACAGAAAGUCUCCCCACACCAUCAUGACUGGGAAGGAUGGAGUUGUGCUUUCGGACACGGAGAACAGCCAGAAGCCCCCCUCGCAGACCUCUGUGAACCACGGAGGAUCCCCGCAGCCCCCCGCGGUGUGGAAGAUGGCCCCGACCGCGCAGCGGCGCACCGGCUUCGGGAUCCAGGAGCUGCUCGGCCUCAACAAGGAGCCGCCGGCGGCGCCGAGGCGGCCGCUGGAGGCUCUGCCGCACCGGGCGCACGUCCUGGCCGCCAGGUCGGCCCUCGGACACGGCGGGCUCGGUGUCAGCAUGGGCCUGCUGGGACCCGAGGGAAUACACUCGUUUUACAGUCAGCCCGCUUUCCUGGAGGUUCUGUCCGAGGCGCAGAACGUGCACCUGCAGCCGCUGCACAGGGCGGCGCACAUGGACGCGCAGAUGGAUGCGCAGCACUCCGCCAGCUCCGAUUCCGAUGAUUUGAGCUCCUCCGGUGAUCAAAAAUUCUCCAAAUCCUCAUUGAGUCAAAGCAAAAAAAGAAAGAAGAGACGACACAGAACCAUUUUCACGUCGUAUCAGCUGGAGGAGCUGGAGAAAGCCUUUAACGAAGCUCACUAUCCGGACGUGUACGCCCGAGAAAUGCUCUCCAUGAAGACCGAGCUGCCCGAGGACAGAAUACAGGUGUGGUUUCAAAACCGUCGAGCCAAGUGGAGGAAGAGGGAGAAGUGUUGGGGCCGCAGCAGCGUGAUGGCGGAGUACGGCCUGUACGGCGCCAUGGUCCGCCACUCCAUCCCACUGCCCGAGUCCAUCCUCAAGUCGGCCAAGGAGGGCAUCACGGACUCCUACGCUCCCUGGCUGCUGGGUAUGCACAAGAAGUCGGUUGAAAGUACACAGACCACUCCAGGAAAGCCCUGCAGCCUCACGCCUCCGCCGCUGCCGCCACCACCGCCCGCUCCGGCGGCGGAGAAGAAGACGACGAUGGACAAAGCGACGAUGGAGGACGACGCGCAGAAACAGAGCAAGGACUCUAUCUCGCCUUUUUCUAAAGAGGAACUGAGGGAGAACAGCAUCGCGGCGCUGCGGGCGAAGGCGCAGGAGCACAGCGCCAAGAUGCUCGGGACAGUUUCUGAGAGAACAAACAGUAAAGGGGACGCCCAGGAGCAGCCGACGGAGGAGGAGACGACGGAGGCGGACAAGAGCAAGUGAAGAGGGACGGACGUCUGGACCAGGCCGGAACCAUAAACCGAUCAUUUCUUUAUACGUCACACAGUAGCGUUGGCCUCAUGUGAACGGCUUCCUCUUUGACUCAAUCAAUGAUCUUAUUUCUGCCUCUUCGGAUCCCGACAGACGCUGAGCAGUUCGCCAAAACUGCAUUUUGGUAGGAGAGAUGAGAAAUACUCCCCCGACGUUUGUGGCAGAUGGUCUGACCCGGAG